AUGCCGCUGACGCAGCCCCUGCGGUGCAGGCUUCGUCUCUCCAUCCACUCCCCUCUCAGCUUCUCCAGUCGCCGUCUCCCCCUUCUCCCCGGAUCUGCUCAACGGCGCGUCCUGGCCUCCUCCGCUCCCUUAUUAAAAGCCUGCCCUGUCGCCUUGCUCUCCCAUGUCCGACCACGUUCCCUCCGCGCUUCUGUAACACCGCUCCCCAUGACACAAGCCAGGGGCCACAGCCACGGCCACGGCCAUCACCACCACCACCACGACAAUGUAUACCUGACCUCGACCAACAAGCACGACGCUGGCGUUCGUAUCACACGAAUUGGCCUCGUCGCCAACCUUGCCAUGGCAAUUGGCAAAUUCAUCGGCGGUUACGUCUUCCACUCGCAGGCGCUUAUCGCCGACGCCUACCACGCGCUCACCGACCUGGUCUCCGAUUUCUUGACCCUGGGCACCGUCGCCUGGUCGCUUAAGCCGCCCAGUGAGCGCUUCCCGAACGGAUACGGCAAGGUAGAAAGCAUUGGCGCGCUGGGCGUGAGCGGGCUGCUGCUCUGCGGCGGAGUCUUCAUGGGCCUCAAUGCGACACAGGUCCUGCUGGCCCAGUGCUACCCCGAUGUGGCCGAAUGGCUGGCACACACCGGUAUUCUAGGACACGGGCACGGCCAUUCGCAUAGCCAUGGUAUCGAGGUGCUGGGUCCUAGCAUCCACGCAGCCUGGCUGGCGGCGGGUUCUAUCGUGAUCAAGGAGUGGCUUUAUCGUGCGAGUGAGUUUCCCACAACUCCUUCUUCCCUCCGAGCCACGCAUCAGCUUCCGUCUCAAACGCCAAUUCCAAGCUUCAAAUUUACUAACAGUCUAAUAGCAAUGAAAGUGGCCGAGGAACGCAAGUCGUCCGUACUCGCGUCCAACGCUAUCCACCACCGUAUUGAUUCUCUGACGAGCAUCGUGGCUCUGGUCACCAUUGGUGGAAGCUAUGUCUUCCAAGAUGCCACCUGGCUGGAUCCGGUUGGUGGACUCCUUAUCUCCCUGAUGGUCAUCAAGGCCGGCUGGGGCAACACCAUCACCUCGCUCCUCGAGCUGGCGGAUACCACGGUGGACGAUGAGAUCAAAACUUCAGUUCAGAGCGCCGCCGCCAAGGCCCUAAAGUCCCUUGAGGACGGUGAGCAGGUUGUUGUCCGCGAUGUCCAGGGCAUGAAGUCUGGGCAGAACUACCUGAUGGACAUUGAGCUGGCUGUACCGGGAGCUUGGGCCAUCACCCGGUCCCGUAUGGUGGAGGAGGCGGUCCGCCAAACGGUUGGCGAGAAGGUUCGCGGUGUGAAGCGGGUUAAGGUCCGCUUCAUCCCGGUCGAGCAGGAAGAACUCACUUUCUCGGAGGAGUUUAUUGCGCAGGACACCGGGGCGAACCCGGAGCCUGAAACCAACGGCAACGCUCACAACCACAGUCACAGCCAUGAUGAUCAUAUCUCCCGGAAGAGGCAGUAG